AUGGCAGAUAAUCACACCAACCCUGAUCUCCUUCGCUCGGAGGAAGAUAUUCGAUCCCAUGAUGGUCACGAAACCGGUAAUGAAGAAACAGACCAUACACGUACCGAAGCUCAGUCGGAUGCGGGUCACAGCAGCGGUGUCGUUUUCUCAGUCACCUCUGCCGUCAGUACUGCAGGAGCAGCAGUAAGAAGUGGUUUAAAUCAUAUGACAGGUGGAGGGGUGGACCGUCUCCACCAUACUCUUGAUCCGACUGAUCCAAUGCGGAGAAAGAUUGUCGCUGGAACUGGUCAUGCUGUGACCCUCAUAGCUGUCGGAGGAGUUGCUGCAUCUACAGCUGUAGCGGCAUUGGGAUCCUCCUUCGUCUCUGAUGGAUCUUUUUCGCCUUCGAACCUGUCUCAAGAUCAGAGGGGAAUCACUUCCAGUGAUAUUGGCACCUUCAGUCGACCUUUUCUUGACGGCAACUAG